UACAUAAUUAACAAUUUCAUUUACUUAAUAAUGCAAUUGCAGUAAUCAGUAAUUCUAAAAAAAUAUUAGCAUCAUAUCUCUGUCGUUUGAUCUUCGCACUUUUAUAAAUGUCAAUGUAGGUGGCAGCAGCGUCGGCUGCAUUAAUCGCCAUCUAUUCAAUUUUUUGAAUUUCUCACAUACUAACUAAAGUCAACGUAAGUUUCCUUUUGAGGUAUAUAUAUAUAGUUGUUCGAUAAAUUAAUUAUUAAAUAUUUAGUAUAAAAAUAAUAAUUCCUAAGUAAUAAUUCAUAUUUUAAUUAAAAGUGAAUGAAAAGGGUUAAUUUAAGAGAAAUUAUAAGUUAAACAGUGUAGAAGAGAGGUUAGCUAUUGUAAUUACAAUCAUGGUUGACGCGUGUUCCACAAAAACAGAUCUAACCAAAUUUUCUCAUAAUAUAUACAAAAAUAAUCCUUUACUAUUUAAAAGUUAUAUAGGAAGAGAAGUCAAAAUUACUGCUGACAAUAGCCUAUAUACUGGUAUUGUAUAUACUGUAGAUCCAGUUUCAGAAAGCGUAGUACUUUUACAAACUAAAGAAGAAAAUCAUCAUAAUUUAAAACUAGUAUUUGGACAUGCGAUAAAGAAUAUUGAAUUAACUGAACAAGCGGAAACAUCUUUACCCGAGUUAUUCCAAUUGUCAACCAAUCAGUUAUCGUUGCCGGAUAUUAAGAAAAGAAAAAAUAUCGUUAAAGAAUAUUUAUUAAAAUCUAGAUUUCCAGUUAUAGAUAUUGAUGAUAUUUUAUAUAUCGAAGACAGUGUUUCCAUAAAACCACCAUAUGAUGCAGAGCAUUGUGUAUCCACUAACGUUAUUGUAUUAAAUAGAAUACAAGAUAUUCUUCGCAGUAUUAAGGAAUAAAAUAUUAUUUGCGUGUGUGUAUACGGUGAAUUUUCUAAAUGUAUAACAAUAUUAAAAUUUUUAUUUGUUAGCUUUAA